AUGGGAGGCUUCGGGACCACCUCUGUGGCCUUCGCAACUGCCCCGACUGUCAUAUCCACCUUCUUGUCGCAUAUCGUAUCGAAACCUAAGCGCCGAUCGUCCAAAAAGAAGGGGGCUCAUGGCAACGGUCACGGUCAUCGCGAUACGAGCGAGGAUGCGCCGACGGAUGAUAUUACCUAUAAAGAGGGGUUGGAGGUCGUGAGGCGGUUCAUAGACUUUAGCAGUCACCAUGGAGUGGAGGAGGUGCAGGCUUUUACGGCGAUGCAGGUGCCUACACCACACUGGGUACGAAAGAAGGUCGUCACCAUUCCGGACGAUAUCAUACUCAAAGCGGAGUCGAUCCUGGCGGAACAUCUAUCGACAUACGGCCCGAACGGCGCGGAGAAGGGCGGUAUCCAGCUCGUAGGAGGGGAGAGAUGGUGGCGCUUGCGCGGCAGAGCGCUGGAGGGCGAAUGGGUCGAGCUACAAAAAGACUACCUGAUGCGCAAAGCUCGACAGGAACAAGCUGCAGCCGCGGCCGAAGCUCAGGCUGCCGGUCUUGCUCGUACUGAGACCGUCGAACAGUCCUCUUCGCGGUACCACUUUCUUCCAAAACGAUCGGCUACGCUAGGCAGCUCGAGCGUCAAGGAUAGUACAGGAGGGGAAGUCAUCGGCGAUCGAGUGAUUCUGUAUAUACAUGGCGGAGCAUUCUUCUUCUCUUCCCUUGAUACACAUCGGUAUCAGGUCCAGCGGCAUGCUCGGAAGGCAGGAGCUAGGGCUUUCUGCCCAGCAUACCGUCUAGCGCCGCAGUACCCCUUUCCCUGCGCCCUUCUCGACGCUCUCUCGGCCUACCUCUACCUCCUGCACCCCCCUCCAGGCUCACACGCCCCCAUCUCCCCCACCUCCAUCAUCUUCAUGGGCGACUCGGCCGGCGCGGGACUCUGCAUCUCCCUUCUCGUCCUCAUUCGCGAGAUGGGACUGCCGAUGCCGGCGGGUGCGAGCUUGAUCAGUCCGUGGGUGGACUUGACGCAUAGCAUGCCGAGUAUUGGCGGGGAUCCUAGUGGGGACUUUAUACCUGCUACGGGGUUCCACUAUAAGCCUAGCUCGACGUGGCCGCCUAUACCUGGAGAUGGGAUCGCUGUGCGAUUACCGGAUGGGACGGAUCGGCAGUAUGACGAGCAGGUGCAGAUGUACUGCCCAAACAAUCUGCUCACUCACCCUCUCGUCUCGCCCGUCAAUCAAGGCUCGCUCGGCGGGCUUUGUCCCCUUCUCAUUCUUGGAGGAGGCGGCGAACUACUUCGCGACGAGGCCACCUCAAAUCCCACUCUGUACCCUCCAUCCCGCUACACCCUCGAGCAGUACCCCGACCAAGCGGCCUUAGUGGCCAAAUACCCGCCGACCAAGGUGCAUCUACAAAUACAUGAGGGUUGUUGUCAUGUUGUGCCGACUCUGAGCUGGACGAGGAGCGCGAAGCAUAUGUACAGAGCGUGCGCCAACUUCAACAUAUGGGCAUUUACCGCUGCGUCCAAAGCUCUAGUGGGCAAAUUAGAAGAGCGGGACGCGCACCAGCACAAACACGCCCAUCACCCCCAUGCUCAUCACUCGCAUCACCAUCCUUCAUCCCGCAAGUCGGCGGACAGCGGCGGAUCCCGUAAUCCCGCUCGUCUUCAGACCGACCUUGGAAUGACUUCGGAUACCACCCAAAGUUCCUCCCCGUCUUCCGCUUUCCCCCGCACGCCUUCCUCAGCUACCGCCAGCGGUGCCCCUAGCACCGUCUCCUCCCUUAUCGAUCUCACCAAGCCGAUCAUCACUGCCUGCGCGGCGGACGCUGCCAAUGCGGAAGAGAUCGACACGGAGGACAUGGAAUCUGAAUGCUCCUCAUCGUCGGGGGACGACUCUGACGACCCCUCUUCUCCCUCUGAAGGCGAUCGACCGGCAGCUCUUGUCAUAGUCUCCGUGACUGGGUCUGAACCCCUUCCUCCACCCGGAUCGCACAUCGUCUCGGAACGCGUCUCCACCCGGGGCCGAAUCCGGCCUUUCGAACCCAUCGCCGAGGUCCCCGCGCUCCACCCGGAUCUUCGAGACCAUAUCGGUCAAGUCCAUCCUGAUGGGGCUAUUCAGAAAUGGCUCGCCCGCCGAGGGGAAUGGGAUAUCAAGUACUCGUCCGCACUGAAGAAGUGGAGGGAGGUGCGGAUGGAGGAUAGGCGCAUGGCGGAGAAGGUUGGGUUCUUGAGUCGGAGGUUGCAAGGCGAACGACCACCCCUUGCUAGUCUGGCGGGGCUUUGGGAUAUCGAGUUGGCGAGAGAGGUGGGGAAGAGUGUGGAUGAGAUCGAUAAGCGGACGAGUAAGGGGGUGAUGAUGUGGAUGAAUAUGAGUUCCAAGACGCUGAGCGGGGAUGAUGCAGUCGUACCGGAGCAGAUCUUCGAUAAUUUCCCAGGUCGCCUGAUAGGCAAGGGAGUCGCUGGGGAUGAUGCCGCAUCGGAUAGCGUCAACGAGAUGAUGUAG